AUGAUCAGUGCCCACAGUACAUCAAUUCUCGACCAAAGUCCACCCGCGCUUCGAAUUGGCCGCCGUCGUUGCGCUUCCGAAGUUCGUUCCGAGCCAGCACGCGUCUCUUCUUCGGAUCCUUCGUGCCAAAAGUGCAAAGAGCUUCACGCUCGGGUCCAGGAGCAGAGAGCGUACCGAAAGAAGCUCGUCGAAAAGAAGGACGACAAAAUCCGAAAUUUGAUGGAUCACAUUGACGGAUAUGGCAAGGUUAUGGAUCAAAAUGCCGAGAUGAAACAAGAAGUCAGGAAGAUGCAAACUCGAGUCAAUGACUUGGAAGCCAAAAAUCUUCGGCUCGCCACCGAGAACUUCGAUUUGAAGGUCCAGAUGAGAGACAUGGAGAACCAGCACGUGAUGGAUCGUCAAGCUGACCAGGACAAGAUAAUCGAACUUGAGCAAUUCAUCGGCUACCUGCAGACGUUGAACACGCGUCUUGCAGAUGCUCAGUGA